CUCCUCCUCCUCUGUAAUGACAGAAGGGGGCAGGUCUUGUUGUAGUGGGCUCUAUUACUGCCUUGGCAGGUGAUGCUGUGUCUCACACGGGGCUUGAAGAGCCUCACUGCUUAUGUCGUUAUAAUAAUAGCGAGGUGACCUGAUUUCAGCACCGCUAACAGCUCCUGAGCACGGCGGACAUUUGCUCAGCCCUUCCUCGCCCGGCCGGUGCGUCUCACACAGCGGGUUACCAGGGCGCAGCCUCCGCGGACAGUUUCAGCACCAGCGGCACGGAGCUGUCCACACAUUCAGCACUUUUCUUCUCCUGGAGGGUGGAAACAAGAGCAUAGAGGAGGAAGGAAAGUCGGGAUAAAGGCGUACUUGGACCAAACGAGACAGCGUAUUUCAGGAUGGCGUCAAAAUACGUUGGCCUCUUCGUCCUUUUCACCCUUCUAGCACUGAAUGUAGUGAGCCAGAUAUCUGCCUUCCCCACACCUACACCAGCCUCGACGGAUGGUAAGUUGACCAUCUCUCCCACAGCCGUGCGAUGAUAAAUUUGUAUUAAAUCGAUCGUUUGUUGUGCUGUGAAACAUUCUGUCCCUAUACUGUAACAAAGAUGUUGUAAAUGGAGCCAGUCACUUGAUUUUUAAGGUUUUUUUAAUGUCACAAAGUGCAAGCAGGUCAUUCAACUCUAUUCAGCUGCACAUAGACGGUGUGUUGAAUGCUGAGAUUGACCUGUCCAUUGGAUAUCAACUGUUCAAACUUCAUUUAGUUUGUAGUUCAACGUUGUGACAAUCAAUUUUUGUUUAUCUUUACUGAAGUUGUGGGAUAUUUUGCAAACGUGAUAAGCAGCUCACGAUUUUAAAUCCAGUUACAAACCUGUUGAAUAACUAAAUAAAGCAAAAAAAAGCCUUAAAUCAAAGUUUGGCUCCCACUUCUUACAGUGACCAAGUGGAUUUUGAACGACGCCUCGUCCCCUUGCGAUGGCCGCCUGUGGUCUAUUUUCGACGCGGUUUAAUCUUUUGUUUGAUAAUCCGAUUAAGCUCUGCCUCUGCUGUGGUUAGCUGGGAGGGCAGGGACGGUCAGAGGAGUCUGAAAGCUGUAAAUGAAUUUAAAUGACAAGGAUAGCUAAAGGAGUCUGUAAAUGGAAGCUUAAAAGAUGACACUUUUUCUCUUUUAAAAAAUGUUCAUGUGCAAAGUAGGUUUCUUAGCCAUAAAAUCAAAGUGAGAACGUUAAUUAUUAAGUCUGUUUUGAGUCACAGAUUGAGUCUUUUUAUUGUGUUGCAGAUAAAACUGUGUACAAUAGACAGCUGACAGAAGAAAGACCCCUACAAGAGCAGGUGAGUCCUCCCAGCCAAUUUUAUCAUCCAAUAUCCGGUCAGAGGGCUUUAUGGUGACUUGUCAAACAACCUCAGUCUUAGCCCAGCAAACAUUUAUCCGAGCUUAUAUCCUGAGUGGAAAUUAUUUGUUUAAUGUUCCUUUUUCCCUGCAGAUUGCUGAGGCAGACAGUGUGAAGGCUGCAGUACAGUCAGCUGGUAAGAGGAAACCUUGCUGCUAAUCAAUUAACUUCAUUCCCACUUUGCUGAGUGCAUUUCUGUUGCAGCCCUUCCAGUAAAACAAGCUCCACUUGUAUAGAAAAGAAACAACUUAUAAAACCACAAUGAAUGAGCGUUCAUCUUCUUCCAUUAUGUCCUUUUUUUUUUUUUUCUGUUUUCAUUCAGAGAGCAAGCGUUCCUCCGCUCCCAAGGACUCCGAGUCACAGCAGGACCUUGAUGACUUCACUGUGCUGAAGUCUCUGGCUGAUGGGCAGAAAUCAAAGGAGUCCACUGAUGUGCCAAACAAAAAAGACACCCAGUACGUCCCAGAUGAGUCUGACUCGACAAAGAGCCGACGUCUGGCUGAGGACUACGACUCCACCAAGAACGGGAUGGACUACGGCAAGUACCAGGGUACGCACACCUGUCACCAUCUCACUCCAGCACGCCCCGCACUGGCAUUGUUUAUAAAGUAAGCGGCUAUAACCACAGUGUUUGGUCCCUCUGCUUGUGUGGCCUUUGUCCCCUUGAAUAAGGGCAGGCCUCAUGCCGCGUGCUUCGGUCCACCACUGGCAGGUCACUGGGCAGACAUUUUAAGAAAGAGAAGGGAGAGAGAGCACGUGUAUUUGAUGGGGAUCAGCCGAGACAGAUAGAAAGAGUCAAAGACAGGACACGUGCACGCAAGAGAGAAAGAUUAUCCCCACCCUCUCUGUACAGCUACUGUUCCCGCUUCUUUUAUCUCUCCACAGGGGACUUUUUUUUCUUGGCUCUGAUUUUUCCCAGAGAUGGCGUCACUAUUUCAUAUCUCUCUCUCUCCCUUUUUGGUGUACAGAGAAAUUUAAAAAAAUCAAUUGGAGCCAGAAAGAAGAGAAGUAGAGAGCCCUUCAGUGAUAGUGCAGUCCUCAGACUGUUUUGACCCUAAUUAUGGUGAUUACCUGGGUGUUUUAUGCAUAGCUCAGAAGAAAAUGAAUACAUAAUGAAUAUAUGCCAUGCCAGUACGACAGACAUGACAUUUACAAAAUAUUUAAGCGUCAUUUCUAAAGGCAUUUAAAUAAUUUCCAGUCAGAUUCAGUGCAGGUAAUUCGUCUGUUUUUUGUGCAAAUACAGACCUUCAGCUUUUUGAAUAGGAUACUUCUGAGCUCUCUCAAAAUCCAACCAUAUGCAGAAUUGAACAUUGAUUUUGGGUUCGUAUAGAUUCCUCAGAUCAGCACAUCUCGCUGUUUAUGCAUGUAAUUUGAUCUCCCAUCCAGUCAGCAGCAUAAAGCACAGUCUCAAAAACGAGGUGACUCAGACACAAAGCGCUGAGCGCUACAUUUCAUCGAUUCACUCAGUCGGCUCUGCAAUGACAAGCAGCUCGUCAGGUUACUCUACAUCUAAAAUUGGCAAACGCAGUCCGAGUUUCACUUUUCCUCCUUCCGCCCAGGGACAAAAAUAGCCCUGGUAUUUGAUGGUUUUUUUUGAAAAGUACUUCAGAGAUGAUUCAUGCUGCCAAAGCGGGCCGGAGUAUUCUGGCUCUGCUUAUUUUUGUAGUGCGUGGACAUGGAAAAGCAGCAGGGGUGUUACGUAAGAAAAAAGCUGUAACUAUUGCUCAUUUUCUGAUAGUAAUGCAGAUAAAUGUGUGAAAUUGAACGUGAUGAAAACACUUUUUUUGACUAUGAGAGAACCCAUCCUGGUCCAAAUAUAAUUGCCUGGUUGAUUUUUAUUUUAUUUAUGGUACAAAGAUGUGCAGAGGAUGGGUACAGUGGGGGGUAAACAAAAAGAAAAACACCUUUUUAAAAUCUAUUCAAGAGUGUUUGGUUGUAAGAAAUGAGGAAAAAGUAUGUUGGAGAAGUAGCAAAUAGUAACAGAUGAACCAUUGUCUCCAUACAGAUGACCAAGACAGCUUUCGUCAAGUCGAUGGCACUCCACUGACAGCAGAAGACAUUGUCCAGAAAAUUGCGAAUAAAAUCUACGAGGAGGACGACAGAGGAGUCUUUGACAGAAUUGUUUCCAAACUGCUCAAACUGGGCCUGGUAAGUUGAGAGCCUGUUGUCUCGCAUGCUGUUCAGUUUGCACAGCGUGCAGCUUGACAUUUUUUUUAGCAGGAACUCUCUCCCCCCUGCCUUCUCACCAUGAAAGGAAGAGAAGUGUGAAUUAAGCUUUGUUUCAUAGUCUCAGCUGUGAAUUACUUUUUACUGACACUCAAUAAGUAGUUUGUCGGUGCCAAAUUACUCCUUCAGAGGGAUCCUUAAGAGACAGUGUUUCAUCACAGAGGUUUGCAGACAGGACAUGCUGUCCUGUAUUGGCACAGCUUACAGCACAUGUGUUAGUUCGCACACUUGUUUUUUUCAGCCUUUUUUUUCCUCCUUUUUGUCUCUGUGUAGAUCACAGACAGCCAGGCUGACACUCUGGAGUACCAGGUGGCCGAGGCUCUGCAGGAUCUCAUCUCUAAAAACGCCAAGAACAACGAGAUUGAGGACAUCGAAAAUAACGACCAGGAACCCAGAGGGGAGCAGGACGACCAGGGUUCAGACACAAAUCCGGUAAAAAAAAUUCCACCUGAAAACAAAUAAUACUAAAAAAAAACGUGGGUGAGGUGUUUGCAUGCCAUGGUCCAGGCUUUACAAUCCACAUAACAGUCCUGUGUAUUAUGUGUACAUAUUAGCUUGAUUUCCCUCUUCACCUACAUGCAUAUUUCACUUUUUAUUGGGGGACGUUGGGUUUCAAUUGUCACUCAUUUAUUUUCAAGGACACGUGGGAGCCAGCCCGGCGCCGCUACAACGAUGAUGAGGAGGAUGAGGAAGUAGAUGACGAGGAGACCGAGGAUGAUGUGGACAGAGAUGUGGAGGAAGAGGAGGACACAGGGGACAACACCUGGGACAAAGAGAACGAGGAGGGCAACGAAGUGAGACCUGAAGACGGGCUCCAGGACCUUCAGUACUUCCCCAACUUCUACCGUCUGCUCCGGAGCCUUGACUCAGGUAAACACUCAGUCAAGUCUGGAGUGACAUUUAAGAUCAUCACUUCAUAGCAUGCUCUGUCUAAAGAUAGACGAUCUCAAGAUGGAGAAGAGCACUCAAGAGCUGUUGUUGUCACGACAUACUGUUCUCAAAGAUGGGUCGAUGCUUGUUAGCUUCCCUGUGUUUCCAUUCAUUCCUAGCAGUGACACACACACACACACACACACACACACACACUAAUUAUUUAUAAUCCAAUCAUCAUGACCCCCAACAGUCAAACACCAUGAAGUACCAUUAACACCAUGGUAACCAAUUACUGUUGAUGAAGCAUUGAUGCUUGACGCAAACUCUGAAAUGAUCCUCUGCUGCUGCUACAGAACAAGACACUCAGGAGAGGGAAACAUUGAUCACCAUCAUGAAGACGCUGAUCGACUUUGUGAAGAUGAUGGUGAAGUACGGCACCAUCACACCUGAGGAGGGAGUGUCCUAUCUGGGUAAGGCGUUACACAACAAUGGCACUGUUCAUCUAAGCUCUAGGAUACUCACUGUCAUAACCUGAGGUAGAGGGCUGUAGAAAAGGAGUGCACAGUUAUGAAGACUUUUGGCAGACCUAAUUGAUAAUUAUUUACUUCUGUAGAGAGACAGUUUAUAGUUGAUUGUGGGAAUGCAAGUUAAACUAAAUACUCUUCAGCUGUGCCUGAUAUGUCGCCAUUUCCCCAACUUAAAACUACACAAUAUCCCUGGAUGAAUAGUUUCUUUUUGAUUUCACCAGGUUGGAAGUGUGGCACACAUCUAUCAAAGAUUUAGACUUACAAAAUUCAGUCCUCUGCCAAACUGACCUACAAGCCUUUUCUGUCUCACUGCGUUGUUACAUCUGCCUCUCUGUGUGUUCAGCCAAACUAAUGUCCCCCCACUAGGCUGUGCAGUGGAGUGUGAAGCCUGCAGAGACAGAUUAGUGUCAGGGACACCCUGUAUAACCAGGCUUGGCUUUUACAUCAGCAACCAGUUGAAAGGUCAGCCACCUGUGAGGGACGGCUGUCAUCCCUUUUUUUUUUUUUUUGAGCCUCGGGAAACCUCAGACCCAACAUCCUCUCACUCCCUCUCUGUUCAGAUGACAUUCAGUGCGGACAGAAAAACAGAUUUGAUUAGCUUUAAAUCAGCGCAGAAUAAGUGGACUCAUUUCAUCAUAAGAUUAUCAUCAUUAAUGAUUAAUGUGUCAUUUAGAGCCCCAGUGAGGAGCUUUAAACUGGUUAUGAAACAGGAUUACAUUUAUAUUGCUGCGUCUUUAUGACCUAUAAAAGCAAAUGAGACCAUCAGAGAUUGGCUAAUUCUAUAAUGAAACUUUUAACUCCUGUAAUGUUAUAGAAACAAUAUAUUUUUACUCUUUCCACAGUAAAUAUUAAGUGAUACACUGAGUACUGAAGGGGAUGAGAACGAGAUUUUUGUCAUAAAACACUAACUUGUUUUUACAGGAGAAAAAUAGGGCAGCCGUAAUCAGUGUAAAAUCAAAGUUCCUCAAAGGGAUUUUGAGACAAACAAUGAAGAAACACAUUUUAAGACCCCAAAGUGAUGACUUCAAAUUGCAUUAUUUAGUAAGGGUAUUUAGAGUGACAUAAAACAUAGGAAAUAAGCCAAUCUGCACAUUUUAUAAAGCUUCUAUCAGCAAGCUUUCUUGAUACAUGCAUAAACGAAUGACAUCCACUGUCGGACAAAUCGAUUCAGAAAGGUAAUGUGCGGAUAAUCAGGCUUUGUUCACUUUGUACAUGUCUCACUGUAAGAGGUUAUGAUGGAGUAAUGUUACAAACGCCAACCUUGGCAGGAUCAAUCAAUACUCUUUCAGAUGACCCCCCCACUGCAGCCUGGUCCUCAGUGUCUCUGAACAGCACAGCAAAGACCACUGCUGACACUACACACCAGAACUAUUCAGGCGUACACCAUUACACCAGAUAUAGGUCUCCUAGACAACCAGCCUCGCCUCAUGUGCUAUAGGUUGUGAGGAGAUAAGCCAGUGGAUCCUACCAUCACCUAGCAACAUGAUAAUGCCCCCCUUCCCUUCUUCCACCCCCAACUGGCUGCGAGGCUCUGAUGAGUCACCCCCAGGUAUACAACCCUACACACAGCUGUCAAUCAACGCCAGUCUGCCUGAGGGUGAUACAGGCCUGAGGAGAGAGAAAGAGAGAGAGAGUGAGAUAAGGAGGACGGUGGUGGGGGAGGAAGAAAGUGAUGUGCGUUUGUGUGGGUAGAGAGAGAAGAUGAAAUAAUGUCCACAGGUGGGAGAAGACAGCUUGAAAACACAGGAAGUGAAGGGAUAGUGAGAUGAUUUGAUUAGAAGAAAUGAAAAAGGAGGACAGAGGAAAUUGUUAGGAUGCUUUAGUCACAGCUGAGUGUUUGGGGAGGUUUUUCUUUUAUCGCUGUGUCGUUCUGGUGCAUUAUUAUCCAGGUUUCUCAUCACCUGAUGUCAUUUAAGCUUCAUUAAGAUGCAGUAGAAAAAGAAACUCACAAUGUUUAUGUAAUCACUUACAAUAAAUACACAGCCUGACUGGAUGUGUCUAAAAUAUCUAAACCUUUAUUUUUUUAAUCAUUAUUAAGCAGUAUCCUGUUUCAAUAUUCAGUUUAUCCUUCAUAAUCAUUUACACCCACACAAUGGUCCUUUUUUCUGAUGCCUUACUCAGAGAUGAAAGCUUUAAUGAUGUUUUUCAUCCAAGCUAAUGUUGUACUGGUUUGCAAAUGAGAUAAAACUGGGGAAAUAUGGCAAACCAUUAGCAGAUCACAUCCUCUCAGUUGAUAUUCAUCUGAAUAUCUGAAAAGACACACAGAUACAGGAAAUCUAGAUGUGACUAAAAAGACCAAUUUAAAGGAAAGAAACGGCUCAGUUGAAUUCAGCCACACUCGAUCAAACAACAUCAGUGAAAUAGGUAAAAAGAUACAACAGGAGAGGUGAACAUAUUAGCAUUAAUGUAAAAUAGCUUGGUACUAAGUGAGAUAACGUCGUGUUUGGUAAUAAUUGUCUGGAUCAUUUUUCAGAUUCUUAACGUCCGUGUAAUUUGCAAACCUGUGACACAAUACAGCGUGAGAUAUUCUCUCCCUGAGCUUAAAAGAGUAAAAGAAAUGGUCUGUGCCUGAUGUAAUAGUGAUGUAGUGGUGCAUGAUGUAAUGGUAAGAAAAUACAAGCCCUUUUUAAUGUGAAUGUCAACAAUAAGCAGGAGUUUGUCUAAAAAUGAAAAAUUAAUGAUGAUGUACUAAAACACUGUUUUACUGAGGGUAAAACUUGGAUGUUAACAAACAUGGUGACAGUUUAAUUCAGCAGCUUGUUAGAAAAAGAAUAUCUUGAUGGUUCAAACAGUGUUCAGACUGUGUUCAGACUGUUUAAAUGCUAAUUUAAGGGACUGAUAUAAAUGUGCUCUUAGAACUCGAUAUAUCAGAUGAAAUUACAUCUGAUCUCUGGGAUUUGUGUAUCUGCAGAACAUCUGCUCCCCUCUCUUUGAACAUGUUUACCCUUUUGUUAAUCCACAGAGGAUCAGUUGACACUUAACAUCAGUGUCAUGAGCUAUAUGAUCUGAUUGUGUUAUUUUUUGGCUGAUUUAGAGUCUUAAAACUCUCUAAUCUUGUUGUGAUCGAGAACAAAACCUCUGUUAUGUGUGCCGUAACAAGCACAGAGGAGGACAGAGGACUGUGUCUACUAAAACAGGGUUAUUUAUCCACAUUAAGGUUGACCCUUCAGUUUUCCAAUAUUCAGGCUUGUGCUUUUAAAGUAACUUAAUAAAAACAUGGACAGAGAUUUUGUUUAUCACUAAAGUCAUCAAACAAUAACAAGAUAAUAACCCCUUUGAUAUGAUCACGACCCUGUGAGUCACUCAGACAGCGUGGGACUUUCUUAAGGUCAUGAAUUUCCUUUAUUCAUAGACUUAAGAACCAACUGAUGACUCAGUGUUUAUUGAAUUUUAAGUGAAUGCAUGUUCUGUUGUUUCUGCAGAGAACCUGGAUGCUAUGAUUGCCAUGCAGACCAAGAACAAGCUGGGCAAGUCUCUCGUGUCUCCUGACUUCAGCGGACCCAACGGUAAACCAUCUCAGUAUAAUGUCGCUCCAAACAUGCCAAACUGUGAAACUGAGACAGAAUAUUUACUGUGGAAAGGAUUAUUUGAUCAAUUUUUAAAACUCCUAAAUCUGUGAAAAUAAAAAUACAGAGCAACUUGGAUGAGUGUUGAUUUUUGUGAAGAGAUGUAAGUUUAGCUCUUUUUGAGGAUAAUUUCAUGACCAAGGUAUGUUAAAGGAAAAGGCAGUUAUAUGUCUUUUUAUUUUAUAUGUGGAACAAAACAUUCAGAUAAAAACAGUUUGACAUUUUGAAGUGUUUGUUCAUUUUCUUAGAUGAGAAGCCUUAGAUGAGAAGAUUAAAACCGCUCCCAGAUCCACCAGUCAGGAUCAAACUACCAAUGGUCAAUUAGCUUAGCUUAGCAAAACAACUGAAAACAAGAUGAAACUGGCACCUUCAAAGCUCAGAAAUCAACUCAUAAUAUAUCGUUGUGUAGUGGUCACCAGAACCUAAUGAUACACGGGUUUAUGUGUAAGACUAUAACAAGUUGCUGAAAAGGGAAACCUUGUGCAAAAAAAAUAAUUAACAUAAAUAAAGCAACAACAAUCAUUCUUGAUGUCAUUGUAGGAAAAAUGCUGGAUGAGGACGACAACACCAAAGCCGAGGCUGCCAAGAUGCAGAAGGAGUACGAGAACCUGAAAGACUCAACAAAAGAGGAGCAACCAUCAACUGAGACCAGUCAGUCCACAACCCAAUGAUGACCUGAGGGAACAUGAAUAGCCUAUUUUAAUGAUAUUUAAUACACUGCUUUAAUAGUUUAGUAGUUUUGACCCCUGAGAAUGAUUGUGCCUUGUAGAUUGCAUUACUCCCUUUUUUAAGAUUUGUUUUGUUCCACCUCUGUUUGCUUUUUUUUUGUUUUUUGAUUGCCUUGUUUUGUACCUAAAGUUUGAAAUAAAUGCAAAAUCUCCAAAUAUAGCAAAUUCCCGCCACACCAGUUCAAUGAAGCGUCUUCCUCGCUCUUUCUCUAGUCGAAACAAUGACAUGAAGUAGACGGCGUGCUUCAAAGCUAAUUGUAGUUAAGUUCCUGUUUCUGAAUUAGGCCAGUCCCAUGACGGUGACAGGAAGGCACGUCACAGCUGCCGUCCCUCCCUAUAUCCGUCUUUGCUCAUCGGCCUAAUCCACAUAAACUCACGCACGCACACCCACACACACACAUACACACGCUCGCUCGCUGUAAAAGCAAAAUGAAGCCUAGAGCUGGAUUACCAGAAGAACAUUGAUUGCUUCCUGAAAUUAAGAAAAUCCUGAGUAAUGUCGGCUAAAUCCUGUAUAUGUCUCAGCUAACAGGCCAUGCUGAGUUGUUUAAUAUAACACUUAUGUACUCAUGGAGUUUUUGCAUUAUAUUCUAUAUUCAAUCUGAAGUUAACAAUGAACAUAUUUUAUGAUUUUCCUCUUUAAGUUUCUUGAAUUUGAAUCAGAAAACUCUAUAACCGCUGCAAGUUUAGCACUAAUGUUUAACCUUGGGCAGCUGUAACCCUGACAGAUGAGAGAAAAUGUCCUGGUUCAACAAAAUUCAAUCCUGUAAAUAAUUUAGAAGUGUAAGAUGGCACUUUGGUCUCCUCAGAGUGCAGAUGUCCUCAGAGGAAAUGAAGGGACAUCGAACCGUUAUCUAAUUUCUAAAGCUUCAAAGAGGACCUUUUUCAUUUCCUCUGUUUUUUCCUCUCUUUCAGGUCAACCUGGCAAGUCAGAAACCUAUCUGGAGGCUAUCAGGAAGAACAUCGAGUGGCUGAAGAAACAUAACAAGGAAGAAGGCAAGGACGGUGAGACACGCUCCACUUUUUCUCUCAAGUGGUCACUCUAAACUGUUCUUUUUUCUCCACUUUUGUCAAGUUUGAAGAGCCAGGACAAGAAAAAAACAUCCUCAUUAGCAAGCCCUCCUCUCCUCAUUAAAGUGACCCGGGUCACGGGCAGUUCUGGAGAGACGCGCUCAAGAACACAAAAUUUGAAGGCUCUUUUGUCCGCUCUCAUUUGCAUUUGAAAUGAGUGUGGGAUAGAUGCUUCACUCCAGAUCUCAUGAAUAUGGAUAAUUGUACAUGAGUCUGUCCUCGUUAAUGAUCUGGGCUUCUUCAUCAAAGAUAGAGAGCUGUUCAUUUACUCCCUCCUACCUGUUCCUCUACAUCAACAGUCCCGUAGCAUAUUUAGCAAGGACAGUUGUGUUUGUGUUUAUACUUGCGUCUGUGCACAUACUGUAACUGUCAGCAGCAUCUGACCCAGAAACUGCAGAGCUGUGCAGACUGUAUUGGUUUGACACACAACCAAAAAUCAAUGCCCACUUGUGCUUAAUUAAGCAGCAGAGUGAAAUGUUAAUGAGUUCUCACUAUCCGGGCCAUUGGUCCACCGGCGAUCAUCUCUGCAGGACAUCGAGGACAUAAAGAUAAGCCAAAGUACUUGCUGUGUGAUAUUUAUAUUUACCGGUCAUGCUCAGUGGUCUGAUCCGAUACGAGUCACUAAAUGGGACAUUCAGCCUCCAGGGAGUCAGAAAAACAGAAUCAGAUAAAAGUUUGACCCAGAUUUUAUUUUGGUUUGUUAAAGCAAAAGAAAGAGAGAAAAAAAACAAGGCUGAUGCUGAGCUCAUAAAGCUGCAGAGUGAAAGAAAAGCAGCAGGGAAGUUUUGUUCGGUGCUCAUCCCUGACCUGGCUCUAUAUAGGACACCUCAUUAGCAUGCAAGUGUGCGUGGAGUGGUUGUCUGGGGCAACAGGGGCCUCCCUGCCUGCCAGUCAGGGAUCUGGGCAGGGGGAGACAGACAGAUUAUGGUGUCAGGACGAAAAAAUUCUGUCUAGAGGGUCACAUUGUGCUCUGAGAACCACCCAGUGUCCUGUUAUGAUCUUUCAAAAUGACAUCCACUUUUCUGGCACUCCUAGACCACAAAAAAUCGCCUGUGUCAUCCUCGUUAAUUUUCCUGUCUCUCUGAGGAAAAGUACAGCUGGAGCAGAACAAAAAGCCUUUCAACAAAAAAAAAAAAAAAGGCAGCGUCAUAGAAACAGAGUGGAAAGCGGGCCAUUUAUUGUGUUUACUCUACCAGAAGCAGCCAUUAGGACAAUCUCAGUGUGUGCAUAAAUGUGCGUGUGUGUGUGUUUACGCCUACACGUUACACAGAUUAGCCAGAGGAGCAGAUGGGCUUCGAGGCAACAUCCUGGUUCUGCCUGUUGGCCUCCUCGCAGUCAAGAUUGGGAAAACUGGUGCAGUCCAUAAUCACAUUCUGUUAAUCCUUCACACACGGCAUGUUUGUCCGAAAGUGUUUCUUAUAACUUAAAAUGUCACGAUAGAGGUAUGGUGGUAGUCUUCUGUUCACUUGUCCUCUUAGUCAGUUUAAGAGCAGAGAGGAGUGGAGCUGCUGAUGUUUGCUCUGCUGCUCCUCUGCUGAGACUCAUUUGUUACUGUGAUGUAUAAUACAGGGUUAGGCCUCUUUCAUAUCUAAAUAUAGCUCCUUUCCGCUGUGGCCGUAUGGUGUUUUAUGGAAUGAUGAUGAAAAAUGGUGCUUCAAAAAAGUCAAAUGUGCUUUUCAAGUGUUUUUCAGCCUUUUAACUUUUUAUUUAAGCUUGUUUGAAGUUGUAACUCACAACCUCUGCCAAAUUAAAUACCAGAAAUAGUUUAAUUGUGAUCUUUUUCUUUUUCUUAUUCAAUGUUUGUCUCUUCUUAACCCCAGACAUGCUAAUUCUGACCUUAAUCUGCCUUGAUAAAUAACCGCAGCACCAGAUUAUGCCUUGUUUGGGUUUGCUGUUGUGAGGAGACGGCGCUGCAGGAGUUCAAUGUCUGAUCUAGUCUGUGGUCAAACCACCACUGCUUCCUGACCCCUCUCUGAAUCACACACUAAAGACACGUCUCCAUCUGUGCAUGCCUUUCCCAGAUUAUGACCUGUCCAAGCUGAAGGACUUCAUGGACCAGCAGGUUGACUCAUACAUCGAGAAGGGCAUCAUCGCCAAAGACGAGGGCGACACCAUCAAGAGGAUCUACAGCAGUCUGUAACGCUGUCGUCCUUCGUAGCCUGUUCACACAGGACUGAAUCUGAAUUUAAAAACCCCAACCAAACUCCGAUUACUCAUUAUUUCCCACAGCAUGGUAAAGUAUAUACUGUGUAUUUGAAUCUACAUGCUAGGGGGGAACUUAUCCACCCUGACAUUCCCAAAAUGUCUCAAGAGAUUUAAUCAAACUCAAUCAAUAAAACAUUAGGGCUACUCUGCAGCAACCUAACUGAUCCUAUUUGCACGUUAAGAUCUCAGUGUGAUAAUGAAUAGAGUAUAAUUAUGAAUAGAAAUUAAAGUAUUUUAUGUUACCAACUCACCACAAACUUCUACCAUUUACUCCUGUGGGAAAUGAAUGUUAUAGGAAUAUGAUGCUGUAGCUUUGCCAUCAACUGUUUCCGAUUCGUUUUUUUGCUACAAAAUACACACGUAUGAAAAUGUACUCAUUCUGUGUAACCUGUCUUAGCCUGUUUGAUUUCUUUUUUCCACUGUAUACGUCAGAACUUUUAUGUAUUUCUUGCUUUUUAUUUUACCAAAAAUAUAUUUCUUGUGUACGAUGUCAAUGCCCUCUGAACUCCUGUUUUCAGUUCUGCUGUCGUUCUUCUGGGGCCCACUAGAGGGCAGUGUCUGUAACAUCAUGUCUCUCUGCAUGUCUCUGUGAGUUCAACAUUUCCAUCUGUGUAGAGCCAGAAGAUAAGUAUUUUUAAAUGUAAAUAUCUGUGAUUUUUUCCUAAGGUUUAAAAGCAAUUAAAACAUUGCCUUUUCUUUA